ACUAUUAAAGCCUCCGCCCCAAGAAAUCCGGCGCACGCUCGCCCCGCAUCUCCCUCUAUCCCGUCGUCUCUUUCCUCCCCACCUCGGCGCAGCAACAGAGGUUAUGGCGAUGGCGACGGCGGUGCGCUGGACCCAGACGGCGGGCGCGUCCGCGGCGGUGGCCGUCGCCGCGCAGAGGCUGCUGCUUCUCCUCGCUCUCGCGAUGGAAGCUGUAAACAAUGGAGCGGAUAUCUUCAAUGAUGGCCAGCAAGAAAUUAUCAAGCAAUUUGGCAGAAUCAAAUCUGAGACUGUUCCGGAGAACAAGGAUGCAGGGUCUGAUGACGACGACGAUGACGAAGAUGAGGAUGAUGAAACUGGUGAUGCUGAUGACGAUGAUGCUGAUGCUGGGGAGGACUUCUCUGGUGAAGAAGGCGAGGAUGAUGAUGAGGACGAUGACCCUGAGGCAAAUGGCGAUGAUGCAGGCGCAGGGAGUGAUGAUGGUGAUGACGAUGAUGACGAUGAUGAUGGUGAUGAUGGCGAGGAUGAUGAUGAUGAUGACGAGGAUGAGGAUGAAGAGGAGGAGGAAGACGAGGACCAGCCGCCGGCCAAGAAGAAGAAAUGAUCUUGUGCCUUCCAGCUGUUGUGUUUCAGUCCGUUAGUUUAUCUGCUGUCUAGAUCAUGAUUGAGCGGGUCUGGUACACACCGACCUAUGUAGCUUCUGUGUCGUGGUGGUUUGGUGUCUCAUAGAGUAGAACAUUGAACUUCUGAUGUUGUUUCCUGCGUUGUGCAAGUAGUCUUAACAUUUCGCUGUUGAUGUGUUUAUUGGAGCUGUGAUACCAUUCAAUCUAAUUCUUGUUACUCCA